CCGGCACGGGGAGCGGAAUCCGGCGCUCGGCAACCUUCGGCGGUUUCCGUGCGGGCCCCGCCGCCAUUUUCUCGCAGCCUCCCUGCGCUCGCUGCCGCGCGGCUCCCCGUCCUGCCUGCCCGCGCUUUGUCCUGCUCGGCGAUGGACGGCAUUGUCACUGAUGUUGCAGUUGGUGUGAAGAGAGGAUCUGACGAACUUCUUUCAGGCAGUGUACUCAAUAGCCCGAACUCUAACAUGAGCAGCAUGGUAGUUACUGCCAAUGGUAAUGACAACAAGAAAUUCAAAGGUGAUGAUAAAAUGGAUGGGGCUCCUUCUCGUGUGCUUCAUAUCAGGAAAUUGCCUGGGGAAGUGACAGAAACGGAAGUUAUUGCGUUAGGUUUACCUUUUGGCAAGGUAACCAACAUCCUGAUGCUGAAAGGAAAAAAUCAGGCUUUUUUGGAACUGGCAACAGAAGAAGCAGCUAUCACUAUGGUUAAUUACUAUUCUGCUGUGACACCUCAUCUUCGUAACCAACCUAUCUAUAUUCAAUAUUCUAACCAUAAAGAACUAAAGACUGAUAAUACGCUAAACCAGUAUGAGGAGUAUCAUCGGGCUCAAGCUGUUCUUCAGGCAGUGACAGCAGUACAGACAACAAAUGCUCCCAUAAGUGGGACCACAGUUAGUGAGAGUGCAGUGACUCCAGCUCAGAGUCCAGUACUUAGAAUAAUUAUUGACAACAUGUAUUAUCCUGUAACUCUGGAUGUUCUUCACCAGAUAUUUUCUAAGUUUGGUGCUGUGUUGAAGAUAAUCACAUUCACAAAGAAUAACCAGUUUCAAGCUUUACUGCAGUAUGGUGAUCCAGUAAAUGCACAGCAAGCAAAACUAGCCUUAGAUGGUCAAAAUAUUUAUAACGCUUGCUGUACCCUCCGGAUUGAUUUUUCCAAAUUGGUGAAUUUAAAUGUUAAAUACAACAAUGAUAAAAGCAGGGAUUACACUCGUCCUGAUCUUCCAUCUGGUGAUGGACAGCCAGCACUGGACCCAGCUAUUGCUGCAGCAUUUGCAAAGGAGACUUCACUUCUAGGGCUUCCUGUUGCAGCUGUUCCAGGAGCGCUGAGUCCUUUGGCUAUUCCAAAUGCUGCUGCUGCAGCUGCUGCUGCUGCUGCUGGCCGUGUGGGAAUGCCUGGAGUCUCAACUGGUGGCAAUACAGUCCUCCUGGUUAGCAAUUUAAAUGAAGAGAUGGUUACGCCCCAAAGUCUGUUUACCCUCUUCGGUGUUUAUGGUGAUGUGCAGCGUGUGAAGAUUUUAUACAAUAAGAAAGACAGUGCUCUCAUACAGAUGGCUGAUGGAAACCAGUCACAACUGGCCAUGAGCCAUCUUAAUGGACAAAAAAUGUAUGGAAAGAUUAUUCGGGUUACCCUUUCCAAACAUCAGACAGUACAACUACCUCGAGAGGGACUUGAUGACCAAGGGCUCACUAAAGAUUUUGGUAAUUCACCUUUGCAUCGCUUCAAGAAACCUGGUUCAAAAAACUUUCAGAAUAUAUUCCCUCCAUCUGCAACGCUCCAUCUGUCUAAUAUUCCACCGUCAGUAGCAGAAGAGGAUCUGCGCACAUUGUUUGCUAACACUGGUGGCACUGUAAAAGCUUUUAAAUUUUUUCAAAGAGAUCACAAGAUGGCACUUCUUCAGAUGUCAACAGUGGAAGAAGCUAUUCAGGCAUUGAUUGAUCUUCACAAUUACAAUCUCGGAGAAAAUCACCAUCUGAGAGUAUCUUUCUCUAAAUCAACAAUUUAAAAAGGCAGAUCGAAAAUGAGGGUGUAUUGCGUUGUUCAGUAUUGUCACCUAUUGACUGUUCUGGAAAGUGGGGACCAGAGUUUGUCUUAUGUUUUGUUUUGGGGUUUUUUCAUGCUGUUAUCAUUCCUUGGUUGUUUAAGAAAAAAAAAAACAAAAAACACAAAAAAAACUUAAAAGCAGUGAUACUAACUGCUGUUAUUCAGCUGUUAUUUAGAUAAAUGAUCACUUUGUCUAAAAAGAUUUCAAGCUAAUCCCACAGUUUUUCAACUUAGUCGACAUACGUGCCUUAAAAAGGAAAACUAGUAUUGCCAGAAUCGCAUAACUAGUAGAACAAAUUUGGUUGUCUGGGGCACUUGUUACACGAUAAUUUAAAUAUGUUUAGACAGGGGUGUGUAAAAAGGUUAAGCUUUUGUUUCUCCUGCUUGGAAUCAAUUUCUUUAUCUGCUGGUUUGUCACUUUUUUUUUUUUAAUUGGGUAAGAUGCUGAAAGAGUAAAACAAUGUAUUUCUGCUACUUUUUUUGCCUUUUGUAUUUCAUGGUUCUGGUCUAGAUUGUCUAGAUUCAGUUAUGAAUGUAGGCAUUAGUUAAAAUUAACAAGACAGAAUAUUAAUUUCUUAAAGGACAAAAAGUGAAUUCUGUGACUUUUGAGCCCUACGUGAAAAGCAUUGUGGAAUCUUAACCUUUUUGUACACACUCUUGUGGGAUGUACCAUAUAAAUGUCAGCACUAAGUAAUGUCUUGUUUGUGGCUGAAUAUUUUUCGUAGAUGUUUUUGAAGUUGACAUGACUUAUGUGCAUUUAAAUAUAUAUUACCAUCUUUAGUUUGUAAUUAAGAUAUGGAAUAUGGUUGUGGAUUUCUGAGCAUGUACAGACUGGUCGAGCUAGUUCAGGAACUGGUGCAUGUAUUUUUCAAUGAGGAAGAAAGUUUGCUGCGAACAUUUGCAGGAAAUUUUGUGGCAGUUUACUAAAACUGACAACCAGGUGGGACCAAAGUUUAUGUGCCUUUAGUCUUAAUUUACCUUGCAUUGUAAUAUUCAGUUUUAAUAAAUCUCUUCAAAAUAUUUUGUAUUUAGAAAUUGAUCUGACUUUACUAUAAACAUUGCUCAGAAUCUACAGAUCAAAUUAAUUUUGAAAACAGUUCUCUGUCAGUCUGAACUGUUACCUUGAUUCUGUUUAAAUGACCAAUACUUUUUGAAAUUGAUGUACUUAAGUUUCAAGAUUCAUAGAUUCUGUUACCUAUGUAGAAAAAAAGGUCAUGUAUAUUUUCUAUUAGUUGAGUUUUUACAUCUUUAGAAAUGUAAAAUUCAGUAUAGUUUGAAAGUGGCACAAUUAAAAAUUAAUUUUCUAACAAGUUGGGAGGUUUGACGGUCGUUUAAUUUCAUCUUAUGUGUACUCUGCUUACCUCUGUAGCAUGCUCAAUAAACACUUCUGUAGCUCUGUAUUCACCCUUUCUGUCUUUCUCUGCUGCUUUCUCUCUCUUCUCUUCUUUGUUUUUCACUUCUACUAUGCUUCUAAAUUCAUGUUUAUCCUCUGCCAGGGUGGGAAAGGCAUAAUAUUAGUAACUAUAAUUUUAUGGCUUUUUACCAUAAAUCUGGUGCUGUGAAUAUCAGCUUUUUAUUUUUAGAAAGAUAGUAAUGGUUUUGCAGGCAUAUGUGCAUAUUAAACAUUUCCCACCCUGUUACAGCACUACUGCGUUAAAUACAUAACUUUUACUGUAGUUUGUUAGCUUUCUCUUUCUAUCUUUUAGUUUUUAAGCAGAUUUAUGCACUAAUAGAUCUUAGGUUUGCCAUGCUCUCUUGCUGCAGUUUCAUCUUUCAUUUUUUUUUUUGUCUGUUAAAGGUUUUCUACUAACCAUACAGUGUACUUAUGGUUAAAGUAACAAAGUUGUUAACAUUGGACUAGCGGGCCAUACGUAUUCUAGACCAGGAUCUUUCACAUUUUCAGACAUGUCCAAAGGAAUGUAAAAAGAAUUUUGGCACUUUAAAGUGUUUCUGCACACUAUUUUGAGCUGAUUGUGGAUGUUUUUUCUCCAUUAUAAAUAGGAUUAAAAUUUCUACACAGUCCCGUUUUAAGAGCAAAUAUAUGAUCCUGCAUUACAUUUGCAGCUCAAUAGCUUUUACCAUUUAAAGCAUUUUUCUGUCACUUCUCCAAUGCAGCUACUGGAGAUUUAUUGAUGUCAGAUUACUUUGUGACCUGGUGUCUGUUCUUUGGGUUGGCUUUCAAAUCAAUAAAUAGCUGUCAGCUAUUUAAAGGUCACAGCAUAACCUAGGGGGCUUGCUUUAGUCGUCACUACGCCAAAUAAAAUGCAUUAAGCAGUUACUUGCUGUAUCAGAAAUACACCAAAUAUAUGACUUAAAAGCUUUACUUCAGAUAGAAACUUUACUUCAGAUAUCAGUUAUCCCCCCCGUCUGAAAUACUACAAAAAUUAUUGUAAUCCAUUUAUGAAACUUUGUGAAUCCAUGUCCUCUCACAAGACUCAGACACCCAAAGGCAUUGAGGUGCUUGUCUCCCGGUUGACUUGAACAGCAGUUCAGGAUCUUACUAGGUUGGUCUAAGUUUCUCAUCUGUGAUGGUUUGUCCUAUAUUUUUAAAAGUAAAAAUGUAUCAUAUUUAAGUGCGUGUCAAAAUGUGCUUGCAUGUUUCAAACUGAACUGUGAAUUGAAAGUUACAACUCCACAAA